AUGGAUAUCACCAUGUCGAGAAAAAGAGCGGAGAUUAGCAGUCCCAGUGAUGUCCUCCCUCAACAGAAUCAGCCGCCGGCCGCAGAGAGACGCGGAGGGCGCUCUAAUUGGUUUCCCUUGCCGUCAACAGCGGCGAUUGCUCAUUUCCACCGCCGUCGUUUCCUGAGCUUCAGAUCUGCAUUCCUCUGCUUAAUCACCUUCGCCGUGGCCGCGGCUUUCAUUCUCUAUUCCAGUCGAUUCGCGAAUUCACGUUUUGCCUGGUUUGGUGAGGCUGUGCAGUCAGGCAAUGUUUCCGGCGAGGCCUACCACUCGCCGGAGGUUUUCAAGUUGGAUUACGCUGAAAUGGAGAGGGAAUUCAAGGUGUACAUGUAUCCGGAGUACGACUAUGGAGGUCCUCCGAUUCAGAGCACGAUUUCUGGGAAGUACGCGAGUGAAGCAUAUUUCUUCAAGAACAUAAAAGAAAGCGCGUUUCUGACUAAAGAUCCUGAGCAGGCGCAUUUGUUCUUCAUCCCCAUUUCCUGCCACAGAUUACACCGAAAGGUAUCGUCUUACGAUGAAAUGGGAUCGAUCGUUCAGGAAUAUGUUAAGGGCUUAGCCCAAAGGUACCCAUACUGGAACAGAACUUUGGGAGCCGAUCAUUUUUUCCUGACCUGCCAUGAGAUUGGCGUUGGGGCAACUAAAAAGGUCCGAUUUCUGGCCAAGAAUGCAAUUCGGGUGGUGUGCUCUGCUAGUUAUGGUACAGAUUUCAUCCCUCAUAAAGAUGUUUCACUUCCUUUAGUAAUACAGCCAUUCUCAAAACCUGCAGGACAUGAAAUGCACGGGAGGUCAAUACUUGGUUAUUGGGCAGGAUACCGCAAUUCCAAGACAAGAAAUAAACUGGUGAAGCGUUGGGGGAAAGAUAAGGAACUUGAUAUCCAGAACUCAACUGCUUAUGCUUCUGGCAGAAUGGAAAAAUUUUACCGGUCCAAGUUUUGCAUCUGCCCUGUUGGCUCAAGUGUCAAUAGCAAUCGCAUCACAAUGGCUAUUCACUAUGGAUGUGUACCUGUAAUCUUGGCAGAUCAUUUUCACUUGCCGUUCAGCAAUGUUCUCGAUUGGAGUAAGUUCUCUGUAGUAGUGAAAGAAAGAGACAUUUUUAACCUCAAGAAGAUUUUGAAGGCCAGAGUUGGUACAAGUUACAGAAUAUUGCACAGCAAUCUACUCGAGGUGCAGAAACAUUUCCAGUGGAACGCAGUCCCAUUGAAAUUCGACACGUUCCACAUGAUCCUUCAUCAACUCUGGUUGAGGCGUAACGUUGUCAAAUACGUUUAA